CUUUGAGCAGCAGCAGCAGCUCCUGCCCUCCGCGCGCCCUCGCCUUGCCAUAGGUGCGCUUGGGGCUGGGCGCAGCGGGGCCUCUCCCGGCCGCCCCGUCGGCUCUGGGGAGAGAUACAACCGCAAGACCCGCCUCUCGGGGAACUGACAGGCCUCGCCCCUUGGCUGUGCAAACGCAGCGCUCGUGCCAUAAAACAGGGGAGCUGCAGCGCCGGCUUCGCAAACUCCGUCCGGCUGCGUAAUUGCAAAGUGGGUUUAAAGCUCGUGCGCUUUUACGCUCAACUUUGGGCCACUUCGGGAAGGACUUCGCUGGUUGACAUCGGGGCCGGAGGAGCAUCGAUGGCGCCCCCGGAGCUGUACCACAAAGAGUUCGCCAGUGCGGGCCACCGGGCUGGGCUGCAGAUCUGGCGGAUCGAGAAACUGGAUCUGGUGCCGGUGCCCGAACCGCUGCACGGCAACUUCUACGUGGGCGACGCCUACUUGGUGCUGCACACUGUCAAGAGGAGCAACGCCACCUUCUACAAUCUGCACUACUGGCUAGGAAAAGAGUGCAGUCAGGAUGAAAGUACUGCAGCAGCCAUCUUUACGGUUCAGAUGGAUGAUUAUCUUGGAGGAAAGCCUGUUCAGCAUCGGGAAAUCCAGGGAUAUGAGUCUACUCAAUUUGUUGGAUAUUUCAAAGGUGGCAUAAAGUAUAAGGCAGGUGGUGUUGCCUCGGGCUUUAAUCAUGUGGUCACCAAUGACCUCAGCGCAAGAAGACUUCUGCAUAUCAAAGGCCGGAGAGUGAUUCGAGCCACCGAAGUUCCUCUUAGCUGGGACAGUUUCAAUAAAGGAGACUGCUUCAUUGUUGACCUUGGAACGGAGAUCUACCAGUGGUGUGGCUCUACAUGCAAUAAAUUUGAGCGCCUGAAAGCUACGCAGGUUGCUGUGGGCAUUCGGGACAAUGAACGGAAUGGAAGAGCCCAGUUGAUUGCUGUGGAUGAAGGAAGUGAGCCAAAAGAACUCCUAAAGGUCUUGGGACGGAAACCAGAACUUCGUGAGGGUGAUGAUAACGAUGAUGAGGCUGCUGAUAUUACCAACAGGAAAAGUGCCAAACUCUACAUGGUAUCAGACGCCAGUGGAUCGAUGAAGGUUUCGAUUGUUGCAGAGGAGAAUCCUUUCUUGAGAGCAAUGCUUUUGUCUGAAGAGUGCUUUAUACUGGAUCACGGAGUAGCUAGGAAGAUAUUUGUGUGGAAAGGUAAAAAUGCUAAUCCAAGUGAGAGAAAAGCAGCCAUGAAAUCGGCUGAAGAAUUCAUUCAGCAAAUGAAUUAUCCUGCCAACACUCAGAUUCAGGUUCUUCCAGAAGGAGGUGAAACACCGAUCUUCAAGCAGUUCUUUAGAGACUGGAAAGAUAAGGAUCAAAGCGAUGGCUUCGGGAAAGUGUACGUCACAGAGAGAGUGGCGAGGAUUGAGCAGGUUGAGUUUGACGCUACCAAGUUGCACGAGUCUCCGCAGAUGGCAGCCCAGCACAACAUGGUGGACGAUGGCUCUGGGAAAGUGGAGAUUUGGCGCGUCGAAAGCAAUGGCAGAAUCCCUGUGGAACCUCAGAGCUAUGGGCAGUUUUAUGGCGGAGAUUGCUACAUCAUACUGUACACCUAUCCCAAAGGACAGAUAAUCUACACAUGGCAAGGAGCUCAUGCCACCCUAGAUGAGUUGACUACUUCAGCGUUCUUGACAGUUCAGCUCGACCGGUCACUAGACGGGCACGCAGUCCAGAUCAGAGUCAGCCAAGGAAAGGAGCCCCUGCACUUGUUGAGUUUGUUCAAAGACAAACCGCUCAUUGUUUACAAGGAUGGGACAUCCAAGAAAGGCGGACAGAAGCCUGCUGCUCCAACACGCUUGUUCCAAAUCCGCAGGAACCUAGCAUCCAUCACCAGGAUUGUCGAGGUUGAUGCAGAUGCCACUUCGUUGAAUUCCAAUGAUGUUUUCGUUUUGAAACUGCCAAGUAAUGCUGGGUAUACCUGGAUUGGGAAAGGAGCAAGCAGAGAAGAAGAGAAGGGGGCGCAGUAUGUAGCUGGUGUCCUCAAGUGCCAAACCUCAAGGAUUGAAGAAGGCCAGGAACUAGAGCCAUUUUGGAGUGCCCUUGGUGGAAAGAAAGAAUACCAGACAUCUGCACAGUUACUGACUGAGUCCGAAGACCACCCUCCACGUCUUUAUGGCUGUUCUAAUAAGACCGGCAGGUUUAUAAUUGAGGAGGUUCCUGGAGAAUUCACUCAGGAGGACUUGGCUGAAGAUGACGUCAUGCUGCUAGAUACUUGGGAUCAGAUAUUUCUCUGGAUUGGUAAGGAUGCAAAUGAAACAGAACGCACUGAAUCAGUUAAAUCAGCCAAACGCUACAUUGAGACCGAUCCUUCUGGGCGAGAUAAAGGGACUCCACUUGUUAUUGUGAAGCAAGGUUACGAACCCCCCACAUUCACAGGCUGGUUCUUGGGCUGGGAUUACAACAAAUGGAAAACUGAAGCUUCAACUGCAGAAGAGAUAUCCCAGGACAGCCAUUCUCUGGCAGCUUUAAGCAUGUGUUUGCAAAUCACUGUAUAUGUUGCUGCUGUUGUGGUACAUGUGUCAGUUGUGUGUGUUUGUGUGUACAGCACAGAGGUUGCCAAUAUUUUUGUAAACUGGAAAACUGCUGUGGGCACCACACACAUGAGAGUGAAGGACCUGACAGCUUUGGUUCUCUCAGUUUCUUGUUUUUGAAUUCUGUUCUCCACAUUUCUGCAGCAACUUGCAAUUUUUUAAAAAAAGAUCCUCAUGAAAAUUCUUAAGUGUUUUCUUAAGAAUUUAUCACAAUAAACACAUUUUCGUAUGCAGUUUUGACCAAUGUAUACAUUUUUGCAAGCAUUUUCUUCUAAUAUAAUGCGUUUUUGCAUGCUAUUUUCACUAAUAAUGUUAAAUUUUAUGCUAAUUUCUCCCCAAUAUAUGCAUUUUUGUAAACAUUUGUUGGGGAACCACAUCACAACAUUUGGAUACGUGCAUGGCUGUGUUUUGGUUCUCAUAUUGUUUUGGAGAGUGCAAAUUUGACCAAUUGAGCUUUAAAUGUAAACUGAAUACAAUUUCUCUCCCAUCCCUACUACACACACACAGCUCAACCUAUUAUUUUGGCUGGCUACUAUACAAUGCUUCUUUCAAGCCUAAUUUCUGUGAGAAGUGAGGUGGGGAGGAAUGGGGCCCUAUGAGCACCAGGAAAAGCCUGCGCAGAUAUCUGCAGGUGCCACAUCGGUGACCCUCGGUAUAAAAAUAUGCACACAUUCUCUAAACAUGUUCCCGGAUGCAACUGGAAAUGCCCCUUCUCCAGUUCCAAGUGUGUGCAUAACUCCCCAAAAUCCAAGACUUAAUUAAGUUUUGAAAUUUGUAAUUGAGUGCGGGUCUCCGUUAGGAAUAGCGAUGGGUGAGUUACACUCAGCUCAGACCUAGCUUGGUAAUCAUGACUUCUCAGUGAGCAUUCAGAAGCUCGCCUGAUUUCUCAGAGCUCUCGCCUAGCUCAUAAUGUUGGUGCGGUCUUUUUAGAUUGCUUCCGCUUUAGUUAUUGUUGACACUGUAUUUUUCAGUGAGUUUUCAUUGUCCCCUCAAAAUGUCUCCUAUUUUUAGUUCAAGUACUGGAUGCUAAUUCUGCAUUCUCUCUCAAAAGUUUAAGGCUCCAUGGGACUGUAAUAGUUAUAUUUUUUUUACAGUCCCUGUACUUCCUGACAUAGGAGCCAACUCCUAGGGGCUGAGGUCACUCCACCCUCCCAAUAAAAUAUUUGAGGGGACUGCCCCACCCAAGUUGAUGGGCGUUGCCAUUCAAGGGAGCUAUAUCAUCCCUGAACUUGUUUGACCAAUUCCCUGAAUCCCAGUGAGCCAAAGCUUAAGCACAGUGUGUUUGUAGAGUCUCUAUAUCUUAGCCCGUGUAACUGGUAAGAGCCACAGCCUAGAGGGAAAUACUCAAGCCAUUUCCAGCUGUGCUCCUUUGCUGAAAACUCUAUUUGUUCCUCUUUCUGUGCCAAAACUGUGAUCUAAACACAUUUCAGCAAAGCUUGGUUUCUCGCCAUGCUACUGUUUUGGUUUUACCACUCUUUUCACGUGAUUGCAGGAUUGUGUGGAGGUUUGUGGCCUGCCAAAAAACCCCACACAUUGGGACCACCUCUUCCUCUACCACCUCUCCAGACCAAUCUGCAUAAUCCAGACCAUGGCAUGUUAUAUGAGUAGAGGCAAAAAGUGAGCAAGAUGCCUGCAGAACUGGAAAUGAACGUAGGAAUAAAAUGUAUGUCAAAUAAUUCUCAUGAAGUACCUGUAAAGAAUGGAUGAGCAAAUGAAUGCCACACCAUAGAGUGUGAAUGAAGAUCACAGUGGAUUCGCAUUGCUGUUUGGAGGAAUGUGUGGCUCCUGAUCUAGCAAGAAACCCGCAUGUAGAGGCCAGCUUCUUCAUAAAGCGCUCCUUUUCUGGACCUGAGCAUCUAUGUGCUAAGUCAUAUUUUGAUACAUUGCUAUUUUUUAAAGUAUAUAUUUCAAAGAAGCAAAUACAUUACAAAAAAGUGACUGCCGUGAUGACUAUAAAUUUUCUAAAUUAUGCACUUUUACAAAAAAAUUAAACACAUUUAUAGAUGUAUGAAUCCAAUAAAUAAAUGCUUUCCAAUCCUGAACAAUCUAA